AUGGCUAUGCUACCGUUGCUCCUCGCUUUGGUGCAUGGUGCACUCCUGCGUGCUGCAGCAAGCGAGGUUGCUGGCUCUUGCCCCUCCGACACCUCGGAGGAGCCUUCCGCGUCCUCCCUGGCGGACCUCAUCGUCUCAGAGGAUGAGGAUGAGCUGCCUUUGCAUCUUCUGCAGAGACGGCAGAAGCGAAGAGUCAAGGAGUACCGCGAGGCAAUGAAAGCCAGUGCCGGCGAGGAGGCGUCGUCCAAAGCCAGGUGGCCCCCGCCACCGUUCGACUUCGAGGACUCCGGCACCAAAUACAGUGCUUUCAUUGAGGACAACGAGGAGAGCCGGCCACCGCCCCUAACACCGAUGGUGGUGCGGUCAUCGCCCAAAAGGAGGCGAUCACUGGACCUCCACUUCAACGCGGUCAUGGCAAGCUGCGGGUCCAGACUCAGCGACCCUAGUCGCUGUACCAAGGCAGUGGAGCAGUCUUCAAAGAAAGUCUUCGUCCAGCUGCAUUUCGAGGCGAGAACUGAUGAGACCGUCCCCCCGCUGACGAACAAGGAGGCGAAAAGCUUCGAAGACCGAUUUCAGGAGCUCGUCCUCGGGGACUCGAAGCGAGUGAUGUUAAAGAGCACCAAGUCUGAGCAGUACGCCGGCUGGAAGUCUUUGGUGCAGAAUGGCUACAUGGCCAUGAGACCGGUGGUUCCUGUGGCCCUGACGAAUGAGAUCAACAAGCUGAAUGAGACUGGAGCAUCCAGCUGGACUGCAACGUAUGACGCGUCCUUCAUCAAGGUGUCUGUGGCCAAGGGCAAAAGCAAGCUUGGCUUCACGAUGUCCAAAGAGGAAGAGGAGCAGAUGAAGAAUGACACUUUGAGCAUGUUGCAGGAAGACCUGAAGCAGUUCAGCGAGGAGGAGCUUAGCAAGAGUGCCUAUUCCCAGUACUUCGAUGUGAGGGAAAACUGGCCCGAGUGCAAGCCCGUCACGACGCACGUGCGCUACCAGACGUGCAACAACUGCUGGAGUCACAGCACCGCCUUGAUCACGGAGAGCCGGCUCUGCAUCCAGACGCACGGACGGUUCAACGGGCCCCAGGCCUGGUUGAGCCAGUCCUUCAUCGCAGCGUGCAGGACUGACGGCCACGACUACUGCAACGGCGGUAGCGGCCUCCUUGGCUUUCGGACAGUGUCCCGGUGGGGAGUUCCCACUGGUGGCCCAGACUACCGCGGAAACAUCCAGGCGGGCGUGCAGACCUGCUACCCGCAAGUGCUGCCGCACGAUACGCAAGUCCACUGCCCUGGGGCCUGCUCACCCUACACCAGGUAUCCGCGGAAACUGGAUCAGGAUCUUUUCUACGUCCAGUACGAGCCGAGGGCGCUCCAUCCCGUGGGUUCACAGGUUCCCUACCUGGUGAAGAAGGCGCUGAUGACUGAAGGCCCGAUUUUGCUGGGCAUGCGCAUCUACCAGGACUUCUACGCGUACCAGUCCGGCAUCUACCGGCCCGUCAAGAAGUCCUGGAACCUCUACAUGGGAGGACAUGCCGUCACAGGCAUGGGCUUCGGCCCCGGCUACAUCCUGGCCAUCAACUCUUGGAGCGAGUCCUGGGGGAUCAGGGGCGCUUUCCAUGUGGCCCCCGACGCCAUCGAUUUUGGAUACUUCCUCCCUGGGCGCCCUUUGGGCGCCUUGGGCGGGAGCCCAUACCCAAUGCCCUUGCCCAGAAGUAGAUGA